AAGGACAAAGAUUUGAUCUUUUUAAGGAAGCCUAUCAUCGUCAUCAAUUAGCCAAAGUGUAUUGCUUUCUAACUGGUGAAUCUGUGCGUGUCCUUCAAAGCUCUGCUCGAUCUUUAAGUAAAGUUCAAACCUUUAUUCCUUAUGAUUUCGCAGAGAAUCGAAUCCGUGUUCGAUCGAUUCGCAUGAGGAUUUGAAUAAACAUGAUGUCGGUGGAGAGAUCUUUCGAAGCUUGGGAAGAGGUUCAACGACAAGGGCUAGAUUUAGCGGAUCGGCUCGCUCAGGGCUUCACGGGUUUGAUUCAGAUUAACCCACCUUCCUUCCCAUGGCCUCAUCAUCAUCAAAAGUCGAAACCUUUCGAUCUCGAGUUCCCGAUUCAACAUUUCGACGCUAUUAGAGAUUAUAGCUUCGGUAUUAUUAACCAACCCAUCAACGGCGUUGCGGCGGUUCUCGAUGUUGGGAGUAAGAUAGGUCAAGCUGGUGUUGAUUUCGGUUCUGGAUUGAACCUCAUGGUCCAGCAGUUCUUCAGGAGGUUGCCUGUUCCGUUUAUGCAAGACGAUAUCAAGCUUAGUGGUAAGAGUAUAAGGAGCCAUAGGGCUUAUGUGGAUACAAAAGAUGAUUUGGGAUUAGCUGCAGAACGGUUGAAAGACUCAGGUUUUUCUAAGAAAGAUGAUUCUGUUACUAUGUCUGAGGAGGAAGUUGCAGAUUCUUACUUGAGAACAGGUGGUUUCCUUGGAAGAUCAAAGGGAAAGAUUGAUAUGUCAUCAAGUUAUGAUAGUAGAACAAACGGUAUGGAACAUUCAUUGGCAGCCAGGGGAGACAUAUGGAGACUUGAAGCCUCGAGUUCGAGUUCUACUGCAAGUGAUGGAACUUCGUCUCUCUUUCUUCUCCAGCUUGGACCGAUUCUUUUCCUACGCGAUUCGACUCUUCUUUUACCGUUACACUUAUCAAAACAACACUUGCUCUGGUAUGGAUAUGACAGGAAGAAAGGUAUGCAUUCACUUUGCCCAGCGGUAUGGUCAAAGCAUAGAAGAUGGCUUAUGAUGUCAAUGCUAUGUCUCAACCCUUUAUCUUGCUCUUUUAUGGAUUUGCAGUUCCCAAACGGGCAACUGACUUAUGUAUCCGGCGAGGGGUUGACAGUGAGUACCUUUGUGCCUUUCUGUGGAGGUCUUCUUCAAGCACAGGGUCAGUAUCCAGGCGAUAUGAGGUUUAGUUACUCUUGUAAGAACAAACAUGGAACUAGAAUCACACCAAUGGUGCAUUUGCCUGACAAAUCAUUCGCGUUGGAAGUUUCUCAAGGCUUGGCAUGGCGUAGAUCCGGACUACUAAUGAAGCCUACACUUCAACUCAGUGUAUGUCCCACGUUUGGUGGAAGCAACCCUGGGAUGAAAGCGGAAGUGAUACACUCGCUGAGGGAUGACUUGAACUUGAUAUAUGGCUACGCACUCACCGCACAUCCUUCGGCAUUUGCCUCUGUAUCUUUUGGUCGGUCGAAAUGGAAUGGCAACAACGGACGCACAGGGAUAGUUGUUAGAGCUGAUACUCCUCUUGCAGCAAGUAUUGGCCAGCCUUCUUUCUCUGUCCAGCUUAAUAACUCUUUUGAGUUCUGAAUCUUCUUUUUCUUGUUUACAAAUACUAUGGCAAGGAUUAUUCCCAUGUACAUAUGUGUGAAAAGACUGCUUUGCCACAUUUCCAUGUACAUAUGUGUGUGUGAAAGAAUGUAGUUGACUGGUUAACCACACAA